AUGACCUCUGCCUCCAAGUUGGUGCCCACGCUGGCACUCCUGGCCCUGCUCGCCGUCUCGGCCAAUGCCCAGGGCCAGAAUGUCUCCACCACCAUCAAUACCUUUAGCGACUCGGUGAACGCCGGCAUCUGGGACCUGCCCGUGUGGGUCCGCUACGUCCAGGGCGCCCUCACUCUCGUGGCCUUCCUUGACUUUGCCAUCUUUACCGGCUGCUUCCUCUAUGGCAUGUGUCUCGCCGGGAUUGCGUCCAAGGGGUUCUUCAACAAGACCAUGCCUUUCUUGUCCUCGAUCUUGUUCCUGGUCCUGCGCUUCUGCUACUUCCCGUUCCUCUAUGUCCUCAUCCCCGUCGCCGGUCUGCCAAAGUUCCCCAUGUGGGUCAACCAACUGGUCUUUGUCGGCUUGGUGUUCAUGUACAUCACCCUGCUGAUCGCCCCAGUCACCUUCGGCAUCAUCUAUGCCGUCAAGUACCGCAGCUGGGCCAACGCCAAGCGCGGCGACCCCAGUGUCCUCGAAAACGCCCGCCAAAAGGUCGACCAGCUCAAGCAAGUUCCCAAGAUGGUCGUCGUCAUGCCCAUCUACAACGAGGAACCCGAUGCCCUCAUCACGGCCGUCAACUCGAUCGUCACCUGCGAGUACCCCUGUGCUCAGAUCACCGUUUUCCUGAGCUUCGACAGCUCCGAGGAGUCGGAGCUCUUCCUGGCCCUCAUGAAGGUCCUGACCCACGGCGGCGAGCGGCCCGAGGGCGGCUAUGGUGCCCAGGUCCGCCUCAUCUACCGCGGCGUCUACUUUAUUGUCAACCGCUUCCCACACGGCGGCAAGCGCCACGUCCAGGCCCUCACCUUUGACCAGAUCCGCUACGACCCUUACUUCCAGAAGGACGAGACCCUGAUCCUCUUUAUCGACUCGGACAUUGUGCUGUACGAGGACGCCAUGGUCGAGUUUGCCACCGCCCUCGACAAGAACCCCAAGCUCGUCGGCAUGACCGGCUUCAUCUCGGUUCUCGCCAAGAAACCCAAGUUCUGGUGGUGGUUCCAGGACGUUGAGUAUGUCACCGGCCAGGUCUUCAACCGAGCCCUCGAGUCUGGCCUGGGUGGCGUCACCUGCCUUCCCGGUGCUCUGACCAUGAUCCGCCUCAAGCAGCUCACCGUCGCCGCCGAGACCUACUUCUCCGAGCUCGACACCAAGAAUAUCUUCAACUACCACCGCUACUACCUCGGCGAAGACCGCUACCUGACCCAUCUUCUGAUGGAGCAGGAAAAGAGCUAUGCCAUCGGAUUCUGCCCCACGGCCCGUGCCAAGACCGAGGCCCCUGCCACCUGGAAGCAGUUCCUCAAGCAGCGCCGCCGCUGGCUGCUCGGUGCCUUUGCCAACGAAGUCUACUUCCUGUCGAGUGCCAAGCUGUGGGCCCGUGCGCCGCUCCUGCUCACCUACGUGACCGCCAACUUUUCGUGCCGCUCGACAGGCUUCUUCUUCUUCAUCAUUCUCUUCCAGAUGGCGGCCGGAUCCAAGUUUGACCCGACGGUCAUGUACAUGAUCUGGGUGCCGCUGCUGUUCUUCUGGAUCCUCGUCUCGAUCUUUGCCAUCAUUCUCAAGCGCUCCAAGGUCGCGCUGAUGUACCCGCUCAUGCUCAUCCUCAACCCCUGGGUCAACUUCUUCAUCAACAUCUACUCGAUUCGAACCUGGAACCUGCGCUCGUGGGGCGGACCCCGUACCGAUGUCGCCUCCCCCGUCGUCGAUGUCUGCAUCGUCACCGACCUCGUUCCUGACCCGGAGACCCAGACCCUGCGCGACUACGAAGUCGAGGACCCUGCCCUGGGCAAGAAGGUCGUUGUCCAGAAGAAGAACGACACUGCCGACGGCGCCUUCUCCGAGUCUGCCAAGGCCGACACCAAGACCGACCUCGACGAGAUUGUCGUCAUCCGCGAGCGCGACGAUGAUGCCUCGACCCUCAAUGGAGAUGCCACCCGCCGCAACUCCAUUGCCUCGGAGCCCGAGUCGUCCGCGCCGACGAUGGCUCCCUCGUCCAGCGUGUCUCCCUUCUUCACUCCGGAACCAAGAUCGGACGCGCAGUGAAAACCUCAUAGCCAACUCCGCCGCCAAAGCCAGCCGCCGUUCGCACGACUUGGAUGUGUGUAUAUUAUGUGUAUCCCGCGAACACCAUGCUUCGUUGUUGGUUUGUUUUUUGCCUCACGUUCUGUGGAUCACACAGAUCCAACAGCUUCGCAUUCCAUGCUCUACCGAGCUUCGAUCCAGCUAUCGACAUUGCCACCACCACCGCCAUCUCAACCACCACCGCCAUCUCAACCACCACCGCCAUCUCAACCACCACCACACAUCGCACACCGCACCUGGUUCGAAGCUCCAUGCUUUAGUCUUGUAUCGUUUCCAUCUCUCUCUCUCUCUUGCGCUCUUCCUCUCUCUCUCUUUCUCUCUCUCUCUCUGCGAACCGAUGCGUCGCAAUCUAUGUCCUUUUCUAUCUCUCUCGCUCGC